AUGCUUUCAAUCCUUCUUGCAGCGGCGCCUCUAGCGUCGCUCGUGUGCGCAUCUUUCGAUGGCAACCUGAACUACCACUCGCCUUCUCGCCGACACGAAGGCCUUGGCAUUGAUGUGCCGAAGGUCGCGAAGAGAAGCCUCAUCAAGCGGGCGACUCCGUGGGAUCCGGCUCAGCUAAGCUUCACGCACGGCGUCGCCUCUGGAGAUCCUUAUCCCGACUCUGUCAUUCUCUGGACACGCAUUGCGCCAUCUCUCGAGAACGACAGAUCGAACGUGACUGUUACGGGUAAUGUAGCCUUCUACAACCACGAGACAGAGAAGUACAUCAAGGCCUCACCAAACCCUAUUUGCGUGGACUACCGCGUUGGUACGGACGGCAACUUCUCCAGCAUCGUCGAUCAAGGCCAAGCAUAUACCACUUCCGACAUCGACUUCACCGUCAAGAUUGAAGCAAAGAACCUGUCCCCAUUCACCCAGUACUACUACCAGUUCAACGUUUGUGGUAGCUCCAACAAGAGCCCACUCGGCAGAACCAAGACCAGCCCCGACGAAGACGACGAUGUUUCCAAAGUUGGUCUUGCUAUCUUCUCCUGUUCUAACUGGCAGAACGGUUACUUCAACGCGUACGGCAAUGCUGCCAGGAAAGAUCAAGUUGACUUCUUCGUUCAUCUUGGUGAUUACAUCUAUGAGUCCACCAAGGGCAAGCUCGGCCAAGACCCGCGCGCCACGAACCCAUCGCGGGAGAUUGUCACACUUUACGACUAUCGAACGAGGAUCGGCCAGUACCGCACCGAUGAUGACUUACGUCUUGCUCACCAGAACUUUGCUUGGAUUCCAACAUGGGAUGAUCAUGAGGUUGCAAACAACGGUUAUCGCGAUGGCUUUAGCGGCAUGAACAACACUGAACAAAGCUUCAAGAAGUUCGGAGGAGUGAGCGUUGACUCCAGGAAGAUGAACGCUGUUCGCGCCUACUUCGAGUGGAUGCCCAUUCGCCAGGUCGACAUGGAUGACAAUCUCCGCAUCUGGCGCAACUUCAAGAUGGGCAAACUCUUCGACCUGAUCAUGCUCGACACUCGCAACUACGAUCGAUCUAUCACAACCCUCAACUGGAACGACGAAUACAUCGAGGAUCUCAAGGACGAUGCUGGCCGCUCGCUCAUGGGUAGCCGCCAGGAAAACUGGUUCUACAACCAGCUAUCCGAGUCGCAUGAACGCGGUGCUACCUGGAGGAUCAUCGGUAACCAGAUCAUCUUCUCCCGAAUGAAUAACAGCGCAGUGUACAGCAACGAGCUGAACGCCGAUCAGUGGGACGGGUACACUGCCAACCGCAACCGCACUCUUCAUCACCUUUACAGCAACGAGAUCCCGAACACUGCCUUCUUGGCUGGCGAUUCUCAUGCAAACUGGGUGUCUGAUCUUGUCUGGCUCGACGAGACCCCAUACGACCAGGCGACUGGUGCUGGUGCCAUCGGCGUCGAGUUUGCUGGCACGGCCGUUUCAUCCAGCGGUUAUGGCGCUGGUAGGUCUAUUGCGAAUUCGAGUGACCGGUCCGCAGCGCUCGUGCGUGACAACCGGGAGCUUCAGUGGACUGAAGGCUACUACAGAGGGUACUACGAGCUGUUCAUCUCUCCUGAGGAGCUCAAUGCGCAGUACUAUGGCUCGCCAUCUGUCGCAUCUCGCAACCCCUUAGAUAUCAGCCUCGCAAACUUCACCGUCAAGGCUGGUGCCAAUCAUUUGGAAAGGACGAACGGAACUGUAGCUGCUGCAGGCGGUCAUGUCGAGAGCGGUGCGCUUCAACGUGGUCCAACCACUCCAACCAACUUGACGCUCAACACAAUUACUGGCGUGUGGAACGUCACUGGCUUUGAGCAGAUGUUCGUUACAUACGCAUCAAACAGUAACAUGGCGUCCACGAUGAGGGCCUGGCAGUACAACAGCACCAAAGGCGGCAUCGAGAAGAACCUCCAAAUCAAUGAGGCCGCGCCACAACCAGUGCUUCAUGAUGAGCAGAUUCUGGUCCAAGUUCACGCCAUGGCGAUCAACCCCGUCGACCACAAAGUCACUGAAGGGCCAAUGCCACUGCGGCUUGUAGGCUCCGACAUCACCCCCGGUGCCGACUUCUGCGGCAAGGUCGCCAAAGUAGGCAAGAAAGUCGACGAGUACCAGAUUGGCGAAUUCGUGUUUGGCGCAAAGGUCGGUGCGCUGACGGGAGGAAGCAUGGCGCAAUACGUAGCCGUGGAUAGACAAAUGCUGGCAAGAUUACCAGAAGGCGUGAAAGUCGAAGACGCAGCAGGCGUCGGCAUCGUGGGGCUGACCGAAUACCAAGCCAUCGCGCCAAAGGUCAAAAGCGGCGACAAAGUCUUCAUCAAUGGCGGCUCAGGCGGAACGGGUGUGUACGGCAUCCAGAUUGCGAAAGCGCUGGGUUGCCACGUGACAACUACCUGCUCAACCCCCAACGUCGACCUGUGCAAGAGCCUAGGCGCCGACGAAGUCAUCGACUACAAAACUAGCGACGUGAUCGAAACACUCUCGUCCAAGGGCCAGACCUACACCCUCGUCGUCGACAACAUCGGCACUCCACCCAACCUCUACAAAGCCGCAUCCGCUUUCCUCAUCCCAGCCGGCAAAUUUGUCCAAAUCGGCGCGGGAAUGAGCGUUGCUAGCAUCAAGAAUGUGGGGUCUAACAUGCUGUUACCCGGGUUUUUGGGCGGCGGCAAGAACAGCUAUCAGUUGUUGAUGGCGAAGCCGUCGUCGGAUGCGCUGAGCCAGAUUGGAGGAUGGAUGAAGGAGGGGAAGGUCAAGGCUGUCGUCGAUGAGGUGUUUGAGUGGGAGGAUGCGCCUAAGGCGUUUGAGAAGUUGAAGACGGGGAGGGCGAGGGGCAAGAUUGUUGUUAGGGUGCCGUUGGAUUUGGAUAAGGCGAAGGAGAAGGCUGAGGGUGGGGAUGCUUGA